AUGGUUACCGCAAGCCUAGGCGUAGCUGGUGCCCGGCAGAGUCACAUAUCUGAAGCCUACAAGCCGAGCGAUUCAGACAAUCCGCAGCCCAGCCGCGACCUGCCUAUCCCGUUGUCUAGGUUCUGUCCAGAUUAUGUCUGGCAGCCGGUGUGCAACCACUCCACGAUGACAAGUCUAUAUCAAGAGGAGUACAGGUGCGAAUCCUGCCAUCGAUGGCCCCCGUUCGGGUUCCUCUACCGCUGCACCAUCGACAGAGAUCCGCUUCUCCUCUUUGCGAAGAACAAGGGCUUCGAGGUUGCUUUCGAUGACAUUGGGCACAAAUUCGUCGAGGAGAUGACCCUCGGCAAGUUCGGCGCAGACGCACGCAGCGAGAAAUACAGCCUACUCAAGGAAAUGUCUGAGGAGCAGCUGUGCUCAUACACUCCCCAACAGCUCAGUGUGCUGCUUUCGCAGCGUGAGAAUGUCCACAAGGCGAUAGCUGACGAACGGUGUCGCACCGAUCAUCCCAAUUUCCCCUAUGCCAGGCGUAAAUACCCUUCUGACAAGAUACCGUGGGUACCGGAUCCGAAAUUUGAAUGCCGGCGCAAACUCUGUGCUCGUUGUCACAAGUUCGGUAGAGAUAAAUCCUACCUCAGCCUGAACAGCAUUCUGAGCGGGGACAUACUACCAACCGUUGCAGUCAGCUUUUCCUUUGGCCACAUGGGCUCCAGGCCGUAUUGCGAUGCUGAUGUGGUCAAGAAUCUUGGAUAUCGGCCGGUUCCCCUAGUAAGAAUCCAGACGGCCCCUCCCUUAUCAAAAGCCCUUGCCUAA